AUGAGAGAAGAAGCCAUAUUGGUUCGACUUAACAUGAACAUUCGCAUAGACACGCUCACACAACCAAAAUCGUUGAAGAAAGAAGAAGUGGCGGUGGAAAUGAAAGUGACUUGGAACAACAACAAGAAGAAGAAACGUUGUUUGCCCACGUUGUCUCAUUUCACUGACCUUCCUUUUGAGCAUCACGACCAUCGCCAUCCACAAGAUGGCGAGCGUGUUCCUGAUCCCGACCAAUCUCAUGCCGCACAAUUGGCGAAUGAAUUUCAAGCUCAAGGAGACAAGCUCGCUAUGGAUGGGAAGUACAGCGAAGCACUGAGUAAAUGGGAAACUGCUAUUGCGUUGACACCUGAUGUUCCAAUCUUGCAUGAACAAAAGGCUCAAGUUUUACUUGAAAUUGGAGACACUUGGAAUGCUUUAAAGGCUGCAACUCGAGCGACUGAAUUGGACCCGUCAUGGGCUGAGGCAUGGGUCACACUUGGCAGAACACAACUGAAUUUUGGUGAGCCUGAUAAUGCUAUUGAAAGCUUUGACCGAGCUUUAGCUCUCAAGCCUGAUUAUGAGGAAGCUAAAGAUGAUAGGAAAACUGCAUUACAUCUUGUAAAGAAGAGAAAACAACUUCAUUCAUCUGGCCUGAGUGCCACUCAAAAUCGUUACGUGGUGGGUGAAAAGGAUGAAAGCCAGUGA